ACCAGUGUCCUGCACCUGCUGUCCUCCAACCUGAAGGCACGGACGGUGGGUGACUCAGUCAGCGAGCGCCGGGUUUUCGGAAAAAAACGAGCAAAGCCGAACGCUUCAGAUCUCCCUCCCUUUCCUCGAUUCUUCUCUCUUUUCAGUCGCGGUGCAAGCAGCCAUGUUGCUGCGAGCUUGUUCCGGUAUCAGGGCAGGAUAGACUGCAAUCGGGCGCAGCUCCUCGUCUUUCUCCCCCUCCCUCCCUCCUUCCUCCCUCCCCACACUGCCGCCGAACCUCCGAACAAGAAAAGCCCCACUUUGCCGAUAAUGGAUCCCACGACCGGAUGAUUCCACCUCCUUUCGGUCGGCUGGUCGCUGCUGGGAUAUUUGACGGCGCACCGACAGGACGAGCUGCUUUUUAACGCCACACUGCAUUGCCGCACCGGGGUGGGGGGAACGACCUUAUUCCAACCACGCAACACCCCCCUAAAAAAGAAGCAGAGUGGUGGUAAUCUGCGUGGUUUUGAAGUUUUGCGGCUUGGCACUCACCGCCACUGACCGGGGUCGCUGGGUUAUUAGCUUAAAUCGUUGACUUAGCUUCACGAGCUAACGUCGAGCAAGCCCAAUUAGCCAGUGCUACGUUUUAAACUCCUCACCUGCCAUGCUACUGUUUUUAUUUUUCGGACCCAUCGCCGAGACUCUCCCGCUGGGGAUAAUUUGAACUGUUCUGUCGGUGUCGGACGGGGGUCGAGACCUGUGUCCCGGGAAUGACUUUUGGCCUGAAAGUUUGUAGACCUCCGCUGGUGUCUCGUUCAACUCAACCGUUGCUCAACUUUUCUCAGAGCUAGCUCAGGCAGCUAGCUAGCUGGCCCGGAACGUCACGGUACCAGGAGAGGCUGUAUACCCCCCCACACUGUCCUGGGUUUAGCUCCCUGCUCACGACUCAUCGUUCAUUUGGAUGUGAGUGUUUAUUAUUAUUUUUUACACCCAGAAAGCGGCUGAAGAAAACCCAUCCAUUUCCUGCGCUGUGUUCUUGUUGACAAACAUGGGACGUGCGGUAGCUGGCUAACUCUACCCGCUGCUGGGGGGGUUCAACUUGUUGACUCAAGUGGGAUAUUUUUGCUGGACGUUAUCACCUACACGGGGUUUAAAUGAACAAGAGACACUGACCGAUCGACAUUCUUUCUUCCCCCUUUUCUGCAAGCUUUUUGAAACAUGUCAACAAGGCCCUCACAGGGUCAGGUUAUUGAAAUUUCAACUGGGCAGGAACAGAAGUCAUCAUCUGGCCGAUACAACAUGUCACAAUGUCCCAACUCCAGGUCCAUGACCACAUCAGAUGACCAGCCGCACAUCGGUAACUACCGGUUACUGAAAACCAUCGGCAAAGGCAAUUUCGCCAAGGUCAAGCUGGCACGACACGUCCUCACUGGAAAAGAGGUGGCUGUCAAGAUCAUAGAUAAGACACAGCUCAACUCUUCCAGUUUGCAAAAGCUCUUCCGGGAGGUGAGAAUCAUGAAGAUGUUGAAUCAUCCCAACAUAGUCAAGCUCUUUGAGGUGAUAGAGACAGAGAAGACUUUGUACCUGGUAAUGGAGUACGCCAGUGGAGGAGAAGUAUUUGAUUACUUGGUGGCCCAUGGCAGGAUGAAGGAAAAAGAAGCACGUGCCAAAUUCAGACAGAUUGUGUCAGCGGUGCAGUAUUGCCAUCAGAAAUGUAUAGUACACAGAGACCUCAAGGCUGAAAACCUGCUGCUAGAUGCAGACAUGAACAUCAAGAUAGCUGAUUUUGGCUUCAGUAACGAGUUUACUCUGGGGAACAAGCUGGACACUUUCUGUGGCUCGCCGCCCUACGCCGCCCCUGAGCUCUUUCAGGGCAAGAAGUACGACGGACCUGAAGUGGACGUGUGGAGCCUGGGGGUGAUCCUCUACACGCUGGUCAGCGGCUCGCUGCCCUUUGAUGGACAAAACCUCAAGGAAUUGCGAGAGCGCGUGCUGCGUGGUAAAUACAGGAUUCCUUUCUACAUGUCCACGGACUGUGAGAACUUGCUGAAAAAGUUCCUGAUCCUGAACCCUUCUAAAAGAGGCAGCCUCGAGCAGAUAAUGAGGGACCGAUGGAUGAACGUGGGCUACGAGGAGGACGAACUCAAACCCUACAUCGAACCUCAGCCAGAUUAUAAGGACCCCAGGAGAACAGAGAAAAUGCUGCGGAUGGGAUAUUCUCAAGAAGAGAUUCAGGACUCACUGGUGAACCAGAAGUACAAUGAAGUGAUGGCUACGUACCUGCUUCUGGACUACAGAAACUCUGAGCUGGAUGAAGGUUGCCUUAAGCCACGGCCAGGAAGUGAUUUAAGCACCAUAAAUGCCCCCUCCCCACCUCACAAGGUACAGCGCAGCGUGUCAUCCAACCAGAAGCCUCAGAACCGCAGAACCACUGAGCAGGGCUCCUCCUACUCCAAGAGAGGAGGUCAGUCAGACAACCGAUCUGGAGUGGAGGAUUCUGGGAGGAAAAGUUCAUCAGGCAGCUCCACUACCAAGGUGCCAGCCAGCCCUCUGGUGUCGUCUGACCGCAAGAAGAGCGCCACGCCUUCCACUAAUAGUAUCCUGUCCACCGGUACCAGUCGCAGUCGGACCUCCCCGCUGGCUGAGAGAGCCACGCUCGGCCAGGGCAUCCAGAACGGCAAGGACAGCCUAAACACUCCGGGCUCCCGAGCCUCCACUGCCUCAGCUGCUGCCGUCCUGUCCUCCUCCUCCUCCUCGCGUCCCCGCCACAACAAGUCCCUGUCCUCCUCCAAUCAUCCAUGCCCCUCUGACCUGCACGCACCACGGCCCAGUGGUGCGUCGCAGCGGGCGCCCGGCGCCUCCCCGUCGGCCCACAACAUCAGCAGCGCCACCGUCUCGGACCGAACCAACUUCCCCAGAGGCGGGGUGAUCCGCAGCACCUUCCACGCGGGGCAGCAGCGCGGCGCCCGGGACCAGCAAGGCUCCACCUACUCCGGUGGCCCCGCCUCCCCGUCGCUGUCGCACGGCAACAGCCAGGCCCGGAGGACGCACGGGGCCACGGGGAUUUUCAGCAAGUUCACCUCCAAGUUUGUUCGCAAAAAUCUCUCGUUCAGGUUUCCAAGAAGGUCCGUUCUGAGCAGCGCCGUCGACAAGUCGGAGAAGACGUCCGGCGGUGUUCUCUCCUCCUCUUCCAACAACGACGAGAACAACUCCUCACCGGGAUCUGGAAACACCGGUGGCACUGGCACUCCCCCAGCCAACGCCAGCCAGAAGGACACGGCCAAGCCGCGCUCCCUGAGGUUCACCUGGUCCAUGAAGACCACCUCGUCCAUGGAGCCCACGGAGAUGAUGCGCGAGAUCCGCAAGGUGCUCGACUCCAACAGCUGCGAGUACGAGCUGCGCGAGCGCUACAUGCUGCUCUGCAUGUCUGGCAACCCGGCGCACGACGACUUCGUCCAGUGGGAGAUGGAGGUGUGCAAGCUGCCGCGCCUCUCCCUCAACGGCGUGCGCUUCAAGCGCAUCUCGGGCACGUCCAUCGCCUUCAAGAACAUUGCCUCAAAGAUCGCCAACGAGCUGAAACUGUGAGCGGGAAACGGGCUGAGAUGAUGCUGUCAGGUGGGCGGGGCGUAUGUGGGGGGGGCGGGGCAAUAUGAGGUAAGCUAAAGAUGAUUGUUUUCGAGACUAAAGUCUGAAAGUUGGGGCUGCCGGUUCUGAGACUACAAAGCGUUCUGAUCCGUACGGAGACUCAGAGCUGACCAGACGGUGGUCUUCUCUCUACCCUGCUGGGGGCGGGGCUUCUGUCUAAGACGUUCCACUCUUCUGCAUGUCCGAUCUUCUCUCUGUAUUUUUUAUUUUAUUUUAUUUCAGGAGUCACACUUUGAUCACUUGGACCACUCCAGUUUUUCCUCCUAUUUAUUCAGUUUCCCUGCACGCCUCUGCCGUCGCCUCUUUUGUUUUUGUUUAUCCAGUGGGAGGGGUCGAGGUGAACUUGUUCCCAUUCUGAUCGUCCUGAAACGUGAACGGACUCCAGCUGAGCCAGGACUUCAGUCGCUGAAGCACACACACACACACACACACACACACACACACACACACACACACACACACAUAGUGACGAUGGUUAAAACAAACUCUUAUAGUCCUCCUCACCCUCUCUCCUUCGGCCCUUGAACUCAUCAUCCUCUUCAGCACAAACACAUUUUUCACCUUUUCACUUCUUUUUUUUUUUCAUUUUAUUUCUCACCAUCAAGUCCAUGGAGGCCAGUCUGACUUGAUGUCACCAUCGACCGUGCAGUCUUUACUUUUGUACUGUUGUUUUUUGUUUUUGUUUAUUUUAUAGCUUUUUUUAAAGAGUUGUGCACUGGAACAAGAGGGGCAUCUUUGAACCUUUAUGGAAGAGAUUCCUGUUGGAUUUUAUGUUGCCUUUAUUUUUGGGGGGGAAAAAUUCGGGGUAAGAGUUUUUUUUUUUUUUUGUACUUUCUUCAAACCGUUUUUAUUUUUCUCUCCUGAUCUUUGUUGGUUCGACUCGCAUCACGCCUUCAAAUCCAGAACCCGACUCGUCCCCCCAUCCCCCACUUUUUUUGUUACACAUCCCAAGAAGCAAACUCAAAGAUUUAUUAUUAUUAUUAUUAUUAUUAUUAUUAUUAUUAUUAUUAUUAUUAGAGAAAAACAAAAGAUCACUGGAAAGAAAUAGACAAAAAAAAAACAACAAUUGACGAUGAAUGGUGAAUUAUUUUCCUGAUUCUAUAUUUUUGUGUUGUUUAAAUUUUGGGGUUUGUACAGAUUAUUUGGGGGGGAGGGGGUGUCGGAUCAUCGCUGCCUUCUUUUUGUUAAUUUAAUUUUUUUUUUUAGUUUAUUUGGUGUAAUGCACCUUUAACUCCCCACUCCAAUUUAACACCAACUCUCCCCUCAAAGUGUAGGAUUGUUGAUCUAUUUAAUGAUGAUGAUGGUGGUGGUGGCUACUGCUGAUUAAUUUUUUUUUGGUGCCUUUUUUUAUUAUUUUUAUUUACUUAAUUAAAGGCCUUGUUGGUCCAGAAUGGCUUGAAGCAGAGAGAGAGAAAAGUUUUUUUAUUUUUUAUUUUUUGGUUUCUCUCGUAUCAGAGCACUCGUUCACACUCCAAACCCCCGAGCAGAAGAGGAGGAGGAGCUUUUUGUUGAUGCUGAAGAAAAAAAACUAAAUUAGUAAAAUAAAAAUACAAAGAGGGUCAAACAAAGCCUGUCAGUUAGUCGUACCUAACUCAACACUUUUCUUUCUUUUCUCACAUCGACACACUGUUUUUGUUUUCUUUUAGGUUUUUAUUCCGUCAGGAUUUUUCUUUAAAGAAAUCAUUGUUUUUACGGUGCUGGGUUUUGGAUUCAAAUUAUUAUUAUUAUUAUUAUUCAGGCUGUUGCUGUUAUGUUAUCUCUUUCAGGGUUGAUUUUAUCUUAUCUUUAUUUUUGUUUUUUUUUUUUUUGUUUUACAUUGCUGUAAUUUACAUUGAUUUUAAAUGUGUUUUGAGCAAACUGUAACUGUAGUGGUGUUUUUUUUUUUUUUCUCGUUUAUUUUAUUUUUUCCGGGGGUCGGGAGGGAUGAUCAACUCCUUUAAAAAAAUGUAUUAUUCUUUUUUGUGCAAAGACAAAAUGAUGAAAAAUUACAAUGAUAGUAAUAAAACAAUGAUAUAAUAAUGA